GUCUCCGGAGAGCGCGGCGCACGCUUCCCUCUAAUUAAGAAAAGAAAGAAAGAAGAAGGAGGAGGAGGGAGCGAGGAGAAAAAGUAAAGUUUGCGCCACUUUCGCAGCCUUUUCCUCAAACCCUCGAUGGGAGCGGGAGACUGAGGCGAACCUGCUGCGUGUGUUGAGGCCGGAGCCGCAGCCAACAAACAUGCUCCGCUGCGCCUUUGGUCCGGUGCGCUCCUCGUUCCUCGGAUGUUUGCGCAUCGCGCUGCUGUGGCUCGUUCAGGUCGGGGCGCAAGCGCAACACGCGCCCGAGUGUUUCCCAGGAGGACAUCAGACACUUCGCAAUCCCUAUCGCAGCGUGGACUUUGACUCCACGGAGAUCCAGAACAUGGCCAUCCAGGACCUGAUCUGCGACCACUCUCUGACGCCGGGCUGGUACAGGUUCAGGAUCAACAACAAGCCGGCGGAGAUGCCGACCACCUGCAUCGAGAUGAACCGCUGUGGUACUCAGGCUCCCGUGUGGCUGUCGCUGAAGGACGCUUCUCUACCGAGGCCCGGCGAGGUCCGCCAGCUCUCCGCCUGCGCCACCUGGCAGUUCUUCCACGGCAGCACCAAGGACUGCUGCCUCUUCCGCAUCCCCGUCACGGUGCGGAACUGCGGCGAGUUCCUGGUUUACUACCUGCAGCCGACGCAGGGGUGCAUGGGAUACUGCGCCAAAGUUGCUCCAGAUUUGGGUCCCAGACUCUGCCCACCAGGAGAAGUGGAAGUCAACGGUCGGUGCAAAGCCGCCGUGCCAUCCUUGCCCUCGCGGCCGGUGAUCACCCCGGAGCUGAUCGGACACAGUGUCCACCUCCGAUGCUCCUUCGUGCCGCCGCCGUGGAGCCAGACGCUGGGCUUCCAGGUGGUUUGGGCCCGGCACAUCGGCCACAGCAUGAAGGCCGAGCUCAGGCAGGAAUCCACUCUGAAGCCCUUCUCCGUGGUGGAGAUGGAUGGUGUUCACUUCAGGCUCGGAGAGACGUUUUCCUGCAGCGUGUCCACUUUCAGAGUCAACUCCAGCCAAAGCAGAUCUACUCCAAAAGAAAGCCACAGUUUUUACGCCGGAUUGAAGUUUUCUCCAGACUCGCUCCACAUAUCGGAGAACGGCGAGGAGCACGAGGUGACCGUCCACAGCACCGUGCCCAUCCCCUGCUUCGGCCCCGACCUCGGCCGCCGGUGUGGAGUCCCUCUGGCCCUCAGCGUCCAUGACCCAGACAGUCUCGGACACGAGGCUUCAAAUGUGGCGCUGUCCGACUGCCAGGUGGAGAUCCAGCCCGACACCUGCAGCCCAGACGGCAGCAGCUGCGGCCGGGCAACGUUUUUCGUCGCCGCCGUGACCGACUUCACGCGCGACGGGAACCGUCCGAGCCUGAUCGCGGCUUUGCCCGGCGCCUCUGCGCCGAGACUCUGGAGGAGCUACAUCCCAACGUCCCUCAAAGUCACGGUGCAGGACGUUCCCACUUCCAUCUGCUACUCUUUGACCGACCCUCAUGUCAUUACACUAGACGGCAGGCGCUACGACAACCACCAGACGGGCACGUUCGUCCUGUACCGGAGCCUCGCCAGGGAGUUUGAGGUCCACUCCCGGCAGUGGGACUGCGGUAGCCGCCACUACUCAGUCGCCUGCAACUGUGGCGUGGCGGUGCGCGAAGGAAACGACGUCGCCGUCUUCGACAUGUGCAACGGGCAGCCGCAGGAAACCAGGCCUCAGCUCACCCUGAGGAACAUCGGCGACGGCGAGGGCAGCCGGGUCCGGGUGCUCGAGUCCCACCAGGGGAAGAAGGUCACCCUGAUGUUUCCCUCUGGGGCUUUUGUUCGGGCUGAUGUCGGCGACUGGGGGAUGAGUCUGUCUGUGCGGGCGCCCAGCGUCGACUACGGCAACACUCGGGGCCUUUGUGGCACCUUCGAUCGCAACGGCAACAACGACUUCCAAGGCUCCAAGGGCGUCUCUUACGGUCCUGACGACCUGCAUCGCUUCGUAGAGGAAUGGAAGGUAGCUCCUGGUGAGAGUUUAUUCGACAAAACGCCUCCCGGGACGACGCAGGAGGUCAGGAGGCCGUUCUGUCGGUGUCAGAAAGAAUUCAGCUCUUCCCAACAGGCCGGCAGAGGGAUGAGGAGCUCGUACAACCUUUCCGCUCGCUCUGACUGCAUUGCAUACGAUAACGUGGAUUACACAUCGGUUUUCCCGUCUAUGGACACAACUGUGGAAUACAUCAAGAGUCCGCAGCGAGAGGAAAGCAUCCUGGACAUGUCUGCCUUCGGCGGUCAUCCUCUGGAGACGGGGCACCUUUGGCUUCAGACGAAUCCGAGCAGCAACCCAGAACUGGUUGGCGAACUCAGAGAGGAUCUUCUGCUUUCUGCAGACAGGCCGAGGAGACAGGCGCCGUUUGAUUUCCAGCCCGUCUUCAUGGCGCAGAGCCUCAGCCAGGUAAAUCUGGAGAGCUUGGCUUACUUCUUCCCUGAGGAUCACCUGGCGGAAACUCGUGCGGAGGUGGAGCCGCGGUGGCCCACGCCGAGCGGCCUGACCUCGGCCACGGCCCUGGAAGUGUGCCAAAUGGCUUUAGCCAACUCCACGGUGGGCGCGGUGUGCCGGGCGCUGCUGGGACGCCGCCUGGACGAGGCAGUGGACCUGUGCAUGCUGGACCUGCAGCUCAAAGACGACCUGGGCUGGGAGGAGGCGCUGCUGCCGUACCUGGAGAACGAAUGCGAGAGGAGGCUGCUGGAAAACCGGACCCAGAGGGCUUUGGAGGCGGCUAGUCCGCCAGGGGCGUCCGGGGAGGUGGCGAUGGCGCUUCGCUGCCCUAACUUCUGCAACGGGAACGGGGAUUGCACAGAGUGGGGCUGCCAGUGCUUCCCCAGCUACAGCUUCCACGACUGCAGCCUGACCAUCAGCCAGCCGAUCGAGAUAACCGACCUGGAGAACGGUGGACUCUGCGACAUCCGAGCCUUCGACUGCCGCAGCGUUCGGGUCUUCGGCCUCGGCUUCAUCGACUCCCCCGAGCUGAGCUGCCACGCCACCAGACUGAAGUUCAUGAACAAAGUUUGGGUUCCGGGGGAGAAACAGAGAACUAAAGCCACCUUCCUCAGCUCCAGGGCGCUGGACUGCGCCGUGCCGUCUCUGAGCAGCACCGCCGUCAACACCGAAGACUUCAUGAUGGACGACGAACCGUAUGCACGCUGGGAGAUUAAGGUGACCAACGACGGCUCACAACACAGCCAGGCCAAAGUUCUGACCAUCUACGACGGCGUUUGCCAGGUCUGCGAUGCUUCGCGCUCAGGACUCUGUAAGUUAAAGGAGCGGACAUGUAACGUAGACGGGAUGUGUUUUGCAGCAGGCGACUCAAAUCCCGCCAGCCCCUGCCUCCUCUGCGACCCCGACACCUCCAAAUUCACCUGGUCCGUGAACCAAGUGAACGAGCCGCCAACUUUCCACCGACCUCAAGGCGACGUUUUGAAGACGUUUGCUGGGGAGAACUUCGUGUUCCAGUUCACGGCGUCGGACCCCGAGGGCUCGGCGCUCCUGUUCCAGCUGGAGGAGGGCCCGGCGGGGGCCGUCCUCUCCCCUGCGGGCCUCCUCAUCUGGAGGGUCCCCUCGCUUUCUGAAGCAGAAGGCCGUCGGGGAAGGCGCUCCUUCCGCUUCACGCUGUCCGACGAGUGCAACGCCCAGAGCUCCUUCACCGUGGAGGUGGACGUGGUGCCGUGUGGAUGUCAGAACGGAGGAACGUGCGUGACCGACGUCAACUUCCCCGCCGGGAGUGGGCGAUACCUGUGUGUCUGUCCCGAGGGAAACCAGGGAGACAUCUGCGAUGAGGACGUGGACGAAUGUUUGUCCAAUCCGUGCACGAGUGGCAGGUGCAUCAACACGGCCGGCAGCUACAGAUGCAACUGCCCCGCUGGGCUGAGAGGUUUAACGUGUCUGGAAGACGUCAACGAGUGUGAGAGGAAGCCUUGUUUUCCGGGAGUCCAGUGCUUCAACAGCUUUGGAUCCUACGGCUGCGGCCCGUGCCCCAAAGGAAUGCUGGGAAAUGGGACGUCUUGCAUUACCAUCGCUCCAACAUCUGCUCCUCGUGCAACGACCGCCUCCAAGAUGUCGGACGUUUUGCAGCUUCCGUCCAAAACAAAGACGGACACUUUACAGGAGGGGAAGACUUCUCCAAUAACUGAUCCGCAAACUAAAACCGCCACGCUGGGAAUUAACGAGCCGUCGAACGCUCCAGUCGUUUCCCAGACAAACACGGAUCCUUUGAGGAAAGCGAACACGGACUCUUCCAUAAACACCUCGGUGGGUCGGGAUAAAAUCGGCAACACCAUCGGGAAGGUUUCAGACGGCAGAGCAGCUGCAGGAUCAGCUCCGGCCGUGAACGUGUCAUCGUCGUGUGCCAGCCGGCCCUGCUUCCCCGGGGUUCAAUGCAUCAACCGGCGGCCGCCACACGUGGGCUACGUCUGCGGACGCUGCCCUCCUGGACUUUACGGCAACGGUCGCGUCUGCAUGAAGAGCUCCAAGGAGGCGUCCAAUCACCUCCCUCAGCUCCAAGCCAAGUCCAGUCGAUCCUCGCACAUCAGCGGCAGCAGAGUCUCCCAGCUCCACCUGCCCGGUGCGCCAACGAGACACGGCAUCAAGCACCUGUCCUCGUACGUGACCAGAGGCAACCGGGACAACGCGCCGCGGCAGCUUCCUGCAGCCGGGAGGGGCGGCGGGACGGGGAGGAGGGAGGCGGUCACUUCUAACUCCAGGGACGUCGCUGCAAACACGAGGGCUGGAUCUAGCAUCGCCAAGAAGUCUGAAGCAGCGUUGCCGGGCGUCCUGCCUCUUAAGGUCACCCCUCCUGCUCCUCAGCCUCACAGAGUCACCCAACCCAAACAGGCGACCCAGCCUCGGCUCAACCACUUAGCGUCCACCCAGUCCAAACCCUGGACGCCUCCGAGACCUGCCCCCCCUCUCACGGCAGCCCUCACCGCUCUGUCCUACUCGCUGUCGGAGUCCGAGUUCUCUGCGGACGGAGAUGAAGCCGAGUCUGGACCGGAGAGGGCGGCGAAGAUGGCGUUCGGCUCCGCGGUGCAGGGAGCCACCGGGAGCCUGACGACCUGCUCGGACCGGCCGUGUUUCCCUGGCGUCCUGUGUGAACCCGCCCUGGAUGGGUGGGGCUUCCGCUGUGGGAGGUGUCCUGUGGGAUACACCGGGGAUGGACGAGCCUGUCAAGCUGUUUGCAGACAUACCUGUGGUAGAAACAUGGAGUGUGCUGCACCCAACACAUGUCGCUGCAAACUAGGAUACACGGGACCCAACUGUCAGACAGCAAUCUGUGAUCCUGAGUGCAUGAACGGCGGCGUUUGCAUCGCUCCCAACAUUUGUCAGUGUCCCCGAGGUUUCCACGGCGACAACUGUCAGGAAGCUCUGUGCAGGAAACCGUGUGAAAACGGAGGCUCGUGUGUGGGUCUGCAGACGUGUUCGUGUCCGUACGGGUUCGUGGGUCCUCGCUGUGAGACGCUCGUGUGCAGCCGCCACUGUCACAACGGAGGCCAGUGUGUGUCCUCUGAUGAAUGCGUGUGUCCUCCGGGCUGGACGGGUCCGUCCUGUGAGACCGCUCUCUGCUCUCCUGUGUGUCUCAACGGAGGUUUGUGCAUCCGUCCCAACUCCUGCGAGUGUCCUCACGGUUUCUACGGAGCUCAGUGUCAGAACGCCGUCUGCAGCCCUCCCUGUAAAAAUGGCGGCCUGUGCAUGAGGAACAACGUGUGCUCCUGUCUGCAGGGAUACACCGGGAGGCGCUGCGACAAAAGUGUGUGUGAGCCCAUGUGCAUGAACGGCGGACGCUGCGUUGGACCAGACGUCUGCGACUGUCCGUCCGGAUGGAGAGGGACCACAUGUGACAAACCCAGCUGCCUCCAGAGGUGCCUGAACGGAGGCGAGUGUGUCGGUCCAAACACCUGCCACUGCCCCGCGGGGUGGCAGGGCAUGCUCUGCCAGAUCCCUCGCUGUGAACAGAAGUGUCUGUACGGGAGUCGCUGUGUGCGACCGAACGUCUGCGCCUGCAGGACGGGAUUCUCCGGGUCUCUGUGCUCCAAGAGGCUUCCUAUUGCACGAGGCUGAUGUCAACGACCCAGAAGACCUGACGUUAGCUUAGCAUAGCACCAGACCUGAGGAAAUAAUAAUAAUAAUAAUAAUAAUUAACUUUUUUAUUUUUCCAAACCUCUGUAUUUAUUUAUUUGGUUGUUUCUUGUUGUAUAUUUCUCAGUCCGUGUAUAAUCCGUGUUAUUUCUUAUGAAAACUUUUUGUUUAUUGGUUGUUUUGUAAGAUUUUUUUUUUAAAAAAACAAAAAUAAAGAUGCUUCAGAUGUUUCUUAUAA